AUGGCUCCAUCUGCGCUCACUUCCACUGACAACGCUGUGCUACUGUCGAAUGCGACUAACAACACUCACCGGCUGUGGUGGAGAGACCCGGGUUUACGAAGUCUCGACAUUAUCUUGUUGUCGAGUUUUCUCGACUCAAUGGCUAACGGCUAUGAUAACUCUCUCAUCUCUGGACUCGAGGCAAUCCCCCGCUGGUUUGAUGACAUAUCUGGCGCCAAGAAUGCCAACACGCUCGGGCUCCUCAUCGCGGCCUACUCGUUUGGCGGCGUUGUCUCUUUCUUUCCAGCACCCUGGAUGGCCGACAACUGGGCCUGCUUCUGCAAGACGGCCGUUCAAUUCCUAGGCACCCGCCUCGUCCUUGGCUUCUUCUCACUUUUUAACUCGAUCAGUUCAACAGCGCUUCUCUCAGAGCUUGCCCAUCCCCGCCAGCGAGCUAUCGUUGGCGCCCUCUUUAACACCUUUUUCUAUCUCUUUUGGACGAGCGUGCAGCCUGUCUUUGUCCUAUUUACCCCAGAGUCUCCGCGUUGGCUGGUAAAUAAUCAGCAGCCAAACAAGGCUAAAAGCAUCUUGGCCAAGUAUCACGCCAAUGGUGACGAGACUGACGAGCUCGUCAUUGUCGAAUUUUCCGAGAUUUGCGCCUCGGUUGAGCUGGCCAAGAGCUCGAAGGUGACCUGGGCCUCGUUUUUUGCUACCCCCGGCAACCAGAGGGGAGUUUUCAUCUGUGUCGGGCUUGGUUCUCGCUACGCACAGGGCAUCAACCGUGGCUUACGGAUUUACAACUGGUUUUUGUCAAUUGCCGGGGCGAUGCUGGCUGAGAAGGUUGGCCGUAGAAGGCUGUUUAUACUAUCGUCGUCCAUAAUGUUACUGUUUAUGAUCCUCAUCUUGACAUGCUCGGCAGUCUUCGCCAACACAGGAAAUACUUCUUCCGGUAUAGCGGUUAUCGUGUUCCUGUUCCUAUUCCUAGGCGGCUAUGUCAUCGGCUUCACACCAAUCCCUAUUUUAUACGUCAAUGAGAUUUGGCCGACAGAACUUCGAGCCAAGGGCGCAUCCGUGUAUUGGCUCUCACAAACGCUAGCAAUUUGCUUCAACCAGUAUGUGAAUCCUAUCGCGCUCCGUGAGAUCCAAUGGCGAUACUACUUUGUCUACAUCGGCGUUCUGGGUAUUUUUGACAAGGAGUAUGCGGUGGCAGUAUCUCAGCCGCUUAGCAACGCCUUGAGAAAGGAGGAAACUGAGGUAGCAACCGUCGAAAACGCAGCUUGA